GGUACCUCAAGAGGUAUUACACAGUUCGUGAGCCUUAGAAAUUACAAUGAGUCAAUUGUAAAACAUCUAAGUUCUUGUCAUUUAUCUCGCGAAACGCUGACUGAGUAUGAACUCAUUUUAGCAAGAGUGGGUAUUUUUGAAUUACCAGUUUCAAAGCUUGGCGAAACGAUUAUAUGCCCAAGACAUCGAAAAAGGUUGGGGAAGUUCUGAAUUUAGCGAAGGCCUUGUCAAUACCCCACCCACCAAGGCGGUAGGAAAGCUAUAAAAAAUGGGUAUGUAGUUAAUCUCAAAAUGGCGAAAGAAAUCCUGAAAUUCAUGGAAUGGUUGUCCCGACUGGAUCAGGUGAGUCAGUUACGAAGCCCUCCUUGUUGUACUUAUUGGAGAACUAGAUUUAUAUUUCCCGCAUUUUUGAUGUUGUCCCUUUGAAAAUAGUGUUAGACAUUAUCAGUUAGCCUCAAUACGAUUUCUCAAACUUUAUUAAGACGUAUUAACUGCACGUGUGAUGAUUACUAACUGGACACACCACGCCUCAUCGAUUCUGUGGUCAGCAAAUUCGAUUGUAAAUUGAUCGCAGCAGAAGAAAGACUGAAAAAGUACUCAGUUUUACAACAGGACUCAGUGAUGACAUUCCCCUGAGGCAGCCUCGUUCUCGGUGUUUCGCCGGUCAUGCCCUUGGGGCGAGGAAAGAAGGAUGAAGAUAAAUGUUAGGAAUGAGCUUGCCCAGGAUAUCUUGAGAACGUUCUGAUAGUGUGGCCUAAAACUGUUCAUGAUUGCUGAGGGAAAUUUCAGAGAAAGCUUCAAUUAGUAUAUUUCUUCAUCCAGUAAUUUGCAGUAAUUGUUGGAAGAGACAUAAAGCUACCAUUGAAGAGUCGGCU